UAAUGUAAGCAAUAAGCAAAAUGCCUUGAAUGAGAAUUCUCAUAAAGUACAAAAGUAUUUACUGAAACUGAUUUUAGGCAGCGGUGAUCAACACACGAUUGCAAAAUCUAAAGGUGUCCAGGAUCUAGCAGCUCCUCACCAAAACAAUUCAGUUUUGCAGAGUAGAAAUGCCCACAGGAUUUUGUCCACAACGGAAACCUCAGUUAUGACUCCAAAGCAAUUUUUUAGCCAAACAAAAACACACAUUGAGAAACCAAAAACCAAGGCGGCUACCAUAGCUACGCAACCACACAGUGGUCGCACUUUAGAUGCUACUGUGCUAUUAGAAGGUAAGCAAGAAACUGUGAAGGCGGCGGAAACUGGUGAAGGUACACGGGCCCGAACUGAAAACAGCACAAAUGAUUCCAAAUCGUGUUUGAUGCUUGACACUGCUCUUCCUUUCUGCUCCUCAAAGUUCGGGGAGACCUUUGCCGUACCCAAUUACUUUAACCACAGCAGCGUAGAGGAAGUACGAGCAUUGCUGAAAGAGUGGUCAUGGCUCCUGCAGUCCCAUUGCCACCAUAGUUUGGAGUGGUUUUUCUGUCUCCUCUUGGUGCCAAAGUGUGGCCCAUUGACCCCAACCCUGCCUUGUCGGAGUUUCUGCGAAGUGUUGCUGGACAGUUGUUGGACGCUCCUGGAAGGGCAACAUCUGCCAGUGGAGUGCCACACUCUACCAGACGAGGACCAUGGGUAUCAGUGCUUGUCAGUUUGUAACCAGAAAGAAGACAACGGAGUCUCACUACUACAGCUGAUCGGGGAUCCUCCACCAAGUGAGAUCAGCCAAGUCUACGGACCGGACAACACCAUCGGCUAUGUCUUCGGCCCAGAUGCCAAAUUGGGCCAGCUGGCGAUUGCUCACUUCCCCAAUCCCUUCUACAGAGACUUCUCUCUCAUCUUCCACCUGAAGCCGACCUCUGACAAGGGAGGUGUUGUCUUCUCGAUCACAGACUCGUCCCAGCAGGUCAUCGUGGUGGGGGUGAAACUUUCAGCUGUGGAGAGGCAAAGUCAAGAUGUCAUCUUUUACUACUCCGAGACCGGCUCGGAGCACUCCUACGAAGCAGCCAGGUUCCAAGUGGCCUCCAUGACGGACACAUGGACCCGUUUUUCUAUUGCUGUCAGAGAUGACAAGGUGGCGUUCUAUUUCAACUGUGACCCGAGCCCUGAAGUGAAGCGGAUCGAGAGAUCCCCAGACGACAUGGAGCUGGAUAGGGGUUCUGGUGUUUUUGUUGGGCAGGCCGGAGGGCCCGAUCCUGAGGGAUUCCUGGGUGUGAUCAGUGAGCUGAGGGUGGUGGGAGACCCCCGCGCUGCCGAGACUUUCUGUGAUGAAGAUGGAGAUGACUCGGAUAUGGCAUCAGGGGAAGGAAGUGGCUAUGAAGAAGUCAGACCGCAAAAGCAAAACGCGGACAGACACAGAUAUACGACUUCUCCACCAUUUCCAUCUUUUCAGUCCAUUCAAAAACCACCAUUGGCUACAAAUGUGGAGGACGCUGUUGUUAGAGAUACAGCCGGCAACUCAGAGCACAUGUCAGUUUUUGUGGAGUCUGGAUCCAGACUUCAUGGGUCGGCAGGGGCAGCGGGAGCUAAAGGAGAGAAGGGGGAGCGAGGGGACAGAGGAGAGAAAGGAGACACGGGCCCCGCAGGGCCAAAGGGAGACUCGGGCACCAGCUCUUCCUCCGGCUCCCGUGGAGAAAAGGGAGAACCUGGUGAAAAGGGAACAAAGGGUAGUGCAGGCUUUGGAUAUCAAGGCAAAAAGGGGGAUCCUGGCCUUCCUGGACCCCCGGGACCCCCUGGUCCUCCAGGACCGGCGACAGAGUAUGGACCUUCCAGUGACGGUACAGUCGUUUCUAGAGUCCAAGGGCCCAGAGGACCACCCGGACCACCAGGCCCCCAAGGACCAUCAGGAGAUGAUGGAGAGCCGGGAGAUCCUGGAGAGGAUGGAAAAACUGGUUCUCCAGGUCCCCAAGGAUUCCCAGGAACACCUGGUGACCCUGGAAGAAAAGGAGAAAAGGGGGACCGAGGAGAGGGUCAGCCUGGCCCCAGAGGGCCUCCAGGUCUACCGGGGCCCCCAGGACCAGGAAUCAGAUCUACUUUCAUGGACAUGGAGGGCUCCGGAUUCCCUGAUCUGGAAUCUCUUCGGGGACUUCCUGGACCACCAGGUCCCCCAGGGCCUCCUGGUCUACCUGGUACCUCCACGACGGGCUCUGGAGCAUUGGGGCCCCCAGGCAGGGAUGGAGCUGCCGGUCAACCGGGCUUACCGGGUGCUGAUGGCCUCCCUGGAGCUCCUGGUCCUAAGGGAGAUAAGGGAGAUGCAGGCGAUCUUGGUCUUCCAGGAGCAAUCGGAGAAAAGGGAGAUCAAGGUGAACCGGGCUUACCAGGAUCUCCAGGAGAGUCUGGACUAGCUGGACUACCAGGACCAAUGGGACCAGUCGGGCCUCCUGGACCACCGGGACCUCCAGGACCAAAUUAUCGAGUCGGAUUUGAUGAUGUAGAGGCGUCUGGGAGUCGCUUUACUGGUGGAGUUGGUAUCAGAGGACCACAGGGUGCACAGGGGCCUCCUGGAUUACCUGGAAAUCCUGGCAGACCAGGACUUCCUGGAUUACAAGGUCCAAAGGGCAGCGAGGGACCCCUAGGAAGAGAUGGGCAGCCAGGUCUAGACGGAUUCCCUGGACCUCCAGGACAAAAGGGGGAAAGAGGCGAUAAAGGAGAGAGGGGGGAAUCCGGCCGAGACGGAACUGGUCUUCCAGGUCCACCGGGUCCUCCUGGACCCCCGGGGCAAAUAAUUUAUCAGCCAUCUGACAAUUUUGAAGAUGCAUUCGGCAGAGCCGGCCCUCAGGGUGGCCCUGGUUUACCCGGGCAAGCUGGGUUUCCUGGUCCUGUUGGGCCGAAGGGGGAUGCCGGUGACCCCGGUCUACCAGGUUAUGGAGUGAAGGGGGAGAAAGGGGAACCAGGCUUGAUCAUUGGACCUGAUGGAAAUCCACUGUAUCUGGGAGGGCUCACCGGUCAAAAGGGAGAUAUAGGGCCUCAAGGACCUGCAGGACCCAUAGGUCCUCAGGGGCCUCCUGGAUUUAAGGGGGAAAUUGGAAUGCCUGGAAGACCAGGACGCCCUGGUGUUAAUGGUUACAAGGGGGAGAAAGGAGAGCCAGGCGGAGGUUUCGGCUAUGGAAGUGUCCCUGGUCCUCCAGGACCCCCUGGUCCACCUGGACCUCCUGGACCACAAUUUCCGUUUGAUCGAUUCAAUCGCUAUGAUGAUGUUUCAAGGAAUUACCCAGUGAAAGGGGAUAAAGGAGAACGUGGUGAGCCAGGAUUUCCAGGAACAGCCUCUGAUGUUGACAUUUACACAUUCAAGAAUCAGUGGAAAGGAGAGCGUGGAGACCCAGGUUUUAAAGGAGAAAAGGGAGAGCCUGGAGGUGGACAUUAUGAUCCCCAAUAUGGAGCAGUACAGGGCCCUCCAGGACCACCGGGUCUACCAGGUCCAAAGGGAGAUUCUAUAAUGGGGCCUCCAGGACCCCAAGGACCUCCAGGAUCACCAGGAAUUGGUUAUGAUGGUCGUCAAGGUCCUCCAGGACCCCCUGGACCACCAGGUCCCCCAUGGUCUCAAACAUAUCCUGGACCAUACCGGCCCAAUUAUCCCGUCAGUGUGCCUGGACCUCCUGGUCCUCCUGGUCCUCCCGGUCUCUCCUCUGGGGUCACAGUUUUGAGGUCAUAUGACACCAUGAUUGCUACAGCCAGAAGUCAAGAGGAGGGAAGUCUUAUUUACAUCUUAGACAAAGCUGACCUUUAUUUGAGAGUGCGAGAUGGACUACGGCAAGUUAUGCUUGGAGAGUACAAUCCAUUCUUCAGAGAUAUUGGUAACGAGGUGGCAGAAGCUCAACCCCCACCUGUGGUUCUUUACCCACACUCCCCGGACCACACACAGAAUAACGGGGCAGGCCAGUACUCUCAGGGUGGUACAGUCAUACGACCCAUUGAGCCUCCUCCACCCCCCGUGGAGCCCAGAUACCCUCCCCAGUACGAGCCCAGAUUCCCCGAGCAGCUACACCCGAGUCAGACUGAUGGGAGAUUAGUCAGCCAACCGAAUGACAGUAAAUACGCUGUCACUCCACAGCGCCGGCCCAACCCACCUGUACCAGGACCUGUAGAAGCGUCACCAACAGGGUUGCGUCUCAUUGCGUUGAACGCCCCUCAUAGUGGUAACAUGCGAGGAAUCCGUGGGGCAGACUUCCUGUGCUUCCAGCAGGCUCGAGCUGCAGGACUACGAGGAACCUUCAGGGCCUUCCUGUCCUCCAAGCUCCAGGAUCUCCACACCAUUGUCCGCCGCUCGGACCGGGAAAAGCCUCCCAUCGUGAACUUCAAGAACCAAGUUUUAUUUGACAGUUGGGAGUCAAUCUUUGGUGAGAGCGUGAGUAAAAUGAGGGAGAACGUCCCCAUCUACUCCUUUGACGGUAGAGACAUCCUCAGGGACAGCGCAUGGCCUGACAAAAUGGUUUGGCACGGGUCAAGUAAAAAGGGCCACCGACAAACCGACCAGUACUGUGAAACAUGGCGGGCGGGCGACCGAGCUGUGACCGGUCUGGCAUCGUCACUGCAGAGUGGCCACCUCCUGCAGCAAACCCCCACCAGCUGCUCCGGAGCCUACAUCGUCCUCUGCAUCGAGAACGCUAUGGUGUCGCCCUCGAAAUAAUCUUGACUGUGGGCCGUAGUUAACAUGUUUUUAUAUCCAAGCAGACACUUUUGUUAAAAAAAGCAAAAAAAACUUCAGAUUACGCAGCUUGUGAAUUUGUGCCUCCAAGGAGUGGCAAUUUAGCUGGCGGGUACGCUCUACCACUGUCUGCCCCUCCCCCCAUUAAUGCCAAAGAGAUGGGUCAAUCAGAGGGGGUGUUGGUCCUUGUUCUCGGGAGCAUUGGCACAUAUUUUUGUCAAGGGGUGCAGCAAGACGACAGCAUUCUUCAGUUUAUUCCCUUUUCCAUUUCUAGUUCUGUAUAUUACGUGUCCAUCGCUGUGGGGAUUUUUUUUUUUUUUAUGUUAUUGUGUUUUGCCUUUUAAACUGUCAAAAAAAUCUGUAAACAAUUUUGUUGUUGUUGUUUUGUUUUUAUAGGUUGUUUUCUAUCUUCACUCGAUCAAUUCCACAUUAUCUUCAUUUCCAUUUCAUCGUCGAGGAUAAGCUCGCACAGCAAACUGGUUUCUUAGGACUAUUUUUAAAAUUUAAAGAGAUAUUUAUUUUUAAAUGAAGUUAUGCAAGGGCAAAAAAUGGAAAAAAAAAUAUGACAACACAUUUUUUUUUAUUUUCUAUCUGUAAGAGGCUUUUCUCACAAACUGUGCCUUAUUACACAGAACGCAGAUGCAUUCAUUCUACAGAAUAUUUCACUUUUUCCCCUUCAAACUGCAUCAGAUAAAAGAAUAUGUUUGAACCAACAACAAUGAUUCCACAUAUGGAAAGAUGCCGUUAAUAAUGUAACUUUCUCUUGUAUGAAAUGACGAUCAGUCUGUUUAUUCUUGUUAAUAUGUCUUUUGGUGUUAGGGACAGCUAAUUAAUUCAAAAAAUAUUCUCCCUAAAUUAGUCUUUGAUUUACAAAUUUGGCUGACAUGUACAAAAAUAUAUAUAUAAAAAAUGUCCAAAUACUUGUUUUCACUACAAAAUUUGCUGUACUGUUUCACCCCUUGCACUGAAAUAAAAACUUUUUCAAACGUUAA